GCGGCGCGACUGAGCGAACCGGUGGGUAACGCGGCCCCGCGGCAGAACUCGCCUGCGGCGGAGGCGGCGGCGGCGGUGACGUCACAUACCGGCUGCACACAGGGGCCACCUGUCACCCUCGGCGACGCGCACAGCGUAGUUCUUUCGGAGAGUUUUUACGAGGAGAGAUUGGGAGGAAACAUGUCUGAUGCUGGUCGCAAGAAGCUCGUGUCGCAAACGAGCGUGGAUGGGCAGAGUUUAGUGCAGCAAUGGGUCAAUGCUAUUCCAGGCAGCCCCAAGAAGAAGAAGGCGCAAGUUCCCAAUAUAAGUGUGACGGAUCCUGAUACGGCAACAACUAGAAAUAUUAGCGAGGGCGGUUCUGAUUCUGUCUUUACCCACGCUGAUGAUGAACUCUACCUUGGAGCUGAAGCUAAAAUGAUGGCAGGGCAAACUGCAGAACCGAUUGCUGGGGUUGAAAAACCACAUGUCAGCAGCUGCAGUAGCAACAAGGAGAACCCAGUGAUUCCAGAUAACGAGGAGAAAACAUUGAACAAGAAAUUUGCUGACAUUAUGAGAACGAAAAGGAAGAAACUAGUGCAGAUGAACAAAAUGCAAGACAGCAUGGCCUCGGAAUCCACAACGUGCACUAGAAACUCAGCAGUGUCCAGUGUGUCCAGCGUUGAAGAUCUUCUAAAUAUGAGGAAUGGCGAUCCAGAAGAUAUUCUCAUUAACCUUGGAUUUGGAGGAACAGGAACGUCUGAUACAUUGUCUAUGAUACCUGAACGGUUUCUGAACAAACCAAGUCAGAUAAGAGGUGUGAGCAUCGAAGACUUCAUGAGUCAUCAGGAGGAGAAGAUGAGUCUCUAUGAUUCGGGCUUCUCCGGCUACCGAGGCCUCUCAGAUUGCAUGAGGUCUACGCACAGCCAUCGCGACAGUGUCAUUGACAGGCUCGUCAAGCACAUAGGCAAGAAUAGACGGGCGCAGCGAGCGUCGUCAGUAGUGAGUGCCCACGCGCACAACGGGGGCGGCUUCGGCGACGUCGUCGUCGCCGCAGUCUACAAGAACGCCGGCAUGAGCGUGCGUCUGCAGCGGCUCACCAGCAUUCUGAACCCGGCCAAUCGCGAGGCGCUGACGAAGAAGAAAAGGGAAGGAUCCCCGAACAGGGACCGCAGCGAUUCGACCCGAGGUCGUGGCCUGUCGAUCGGCGCGGAGGACGACGUGUUCUUCGACCCCAGGUUGGCCGGGGCAAAGGUUAGGAAGAGGAAGACGAGCGUGGACGUGCAGAGGGACCGCAAGAAGCUUCUCGGGCACCUGAGCAAGCAGUGGCAGUUCGGGCACAACGAGCAGCAACUCGAGUUCGGUAGCCGCCGGCGAUCGCGCAUCGAAGCGCCGUGUCUCGUGAAGCAGGAGAAACUCGACGAGACGACCGGGAGCUAUGUGUUAGUGGUGGAGGAAGAGAUGGAGCCAAUGGAGGUGUCAGCGCAGGAGGAGUCACCGGUGCAGGAGGGGUCACCGGUGCAGGAGGGGUCACCGGUGCAGGAGGAGUCACCGGUGCAGGAGGAGUCACCGGUGCAGGAGGGGUCACCGGUGCAGGAGGAGUCACCGGUGCAGGAGGGGUCACCAGUGCAGGAGAAACCGCAGCAGCAUAAUGAGGAGAUAUCUGUUGAUGCUGUUACUCCCCUGCCUGUCAGCGAGUCGCCAUUGAGUGAGUGUGAUGAAGUCAUUACUAAAGAUGACGUCGGCGUUGAAGAUGAGGUUGUGACCGUGGUGGAGCCGGUCGUCGAUGUGGUUUCUUCGGAGGAGAAUGGCGUACUGUCAGUCUCGACCAUCAGUAAGAGGAUGACACUCCGGGAGAUGAAUCUCCAGCAAGACUCUUUCGAACUUGAAGAGAUUGACAGUAGAGCUGCUACUCCGGCACGAUCUCAGUAUGACAUUCCGAUUAUAGUGGUUAGGGAGGGCAGCGUUAGUUCUAUUGAGAGCAGCGGCUUUGGUGAUGUAGACAACCCAGACAAUAGCAAUCUUGGCUUACUGGAAAACGAGCCAGUUAUCGAUGACAAUUUGUUAAAUGUCUGUCCAACACCUAAUGCAGACAGUGAAAGUGGAGAGACGAGCAGUGUUUGUACUCUGAAAGCCCGCUCAAACAGCAGACAGGAAGACUUCUCAGAGGUUACUAAGUUCGUAGACGAUACCGCAAUGGCAUACCAACCCACCGUAUCUUUUGAGGAGAAAUCCACCGAAACAACAGAUUUACCUGAUCAUGACUGGCCCAGCUACGCGCAUCCUUUGCGAGCCGACAGUGUGGAAAAGGCGUGUGGACCAGAUGAGCUGCUCGAGCAUAAAAGGUCCGUCUCCACCUCCAAAGUGUCUGAAGAAUCACCAAUCGGCAUUUCGAGGUACUUUUCGCUCGACGAACUCUGGCCGCACUGCGUCGAUGAAAAAAUGACGAUGUCACAGCACGACGAGUGCACGUCACUGGGCGGAGCCCGGGCCGCAUCCGUGCAGAAUCUGCUGCUCGACUUGCUGGCGGGUGAGGGCGAGCCGUUCGCUCACCUGAAGAGAAACGUCGAGAAGGCAGUGCAGGAGGUCUUUCAGAACGUUCACUUCGGCGCGCCGGCGGAAAGCGACGACGCGAGGCCGCGGCGGGAAGAGGUCCCGGCCGCACGACGCGAAUCGUUCCGCAGCUACGACGACUCCGUCGAGGGCGACGCCGGCAGCGCGGCGGCGGCGGCGGCGUACGACGUGCACACGGUGGAUGUGGCGGCGGCGGCGGCGGGACGCGAGGUGCACACCGUCGAGGUGGCGGCGGUGGCGCGCGACCGCGCGGUGGUCACCUACAGCCGGCCGCCGGCCGCCGAGUCGAUCGUGCGCUUCUCGCAGGACGCCGACCGCAACACGGUGAUCGAGACCGCGCGCUCGUGCCCAAUGGAGCUGCUGCACCUCGACGCGCCCGUCGACGUCGAGGUGUCGCCGGCCGGCGUGCGGCUCACGGCGAUCUUCGAGGAGCGCGGCGCGAGCGGCGCAUCCGUGAAGCUGCGACUCACACCGGCAAGCGUCGCUCGGCCGCGCUCGCCGACGCAGCAGGAUGCUCCGUUGUCGCAGCGACGGGAGGAUGCUCUGUUGUCGCAGCGACAGGAGGAUGCUCUGUUGUCGCAGCGACAGGAGGAUGCUCUGUUGUCGCAGCGACAGGAGGAUGCUCUGUUGUCGCCGCGACAGGAGGAUGCUCUGUUGUCGUCGCGGCGGGAGAAUGCUCCGUUGUCGUCGCAGCGGGAAGACGCUCCGUUGUCGUCGCGGCGGGAGAAAGGCGGCCCGCAGUAUGUGUCGGAAUGCUUUGUCCACCUUCGACACGGCUCGCCCGCGAACGCUCAGCCCAUCCACCGUAGCGCGAGCGCCCCCCAUCCCGUCACCACCAGCCUGGAGGAUGAGGUCGAUGGCUGGGUGGAGGAGAGUGAGCGAGCGACGAUAGACCACGGGUGCGACGCCGGGCGGCGGAACGACGCUCAGGGGUACCGCGAUAGGAGGGCAGCAUUGGCGCAGCUCUUGGAAUCCGACAAGCAGGUUGCUGUCCAGCAGAACGCUGCUGGGGUGGAGACGAGCACAACUGGGUUCAGCAGCAACAGCAGCGGUGGCUUUACUAACAUCUGCUGCCGCCAGAACUCCCACACUAACAUUCCGCGUUGUGGUGAUGGUGGUGGUGGUGCACAUCAGCUGAGAUUCCCCGAUUCAGAUGUAGAGACUGAUUGUGAUAGCUUUAGUGCAAAAUCGGAGUUUGACAGCAGCAUAGAGGAUAUACUGGCAGAAUGCAAUGAUUGUGAUGAAGAAAUUGACGUGACUCAUUUUGACGAUGUUUUGUACGCUGGUGAACAGCAGAAAGGUAGCAAAUACGCAGAGAUUGCCCGAAAGCAUUCCGCGACAGAUAAGCGACAGCGCGCCGACGGCCACAGCGAAGGCUCCGGCAACUGGAGCGAGCUCAGGCCAAGGCCUGCUCGCGGCCGCACGAUCUCCGUGCCCUCUUACAUGGAACUGCAGCGACGUUCCGCCGGGCUAUCCGCAAGUUACGAGCAGCAGCGGAUCACCGCCGACACCGACCGCGUCGCCACCCCGCCGGAGAAGCGCAGUCUGCAGCGCCUCAAGAGUCUCGACUCGGCGGGCUUCCCCGACCCCGUCGCGACGCAGCGCGAGACCGAGCCGACGUUCUCGACGCUCGUCGAGCACUACCUUGCCGGCAGCCAGCCGACGAGCAUCGACAGCAUGUGCAGCAAGCAGCGGUUGUCGGCCGUCGGUCGGCGCAGGAGCUUCCCGCACUCGCAGACGGAGGAACACGUCGUCGCGGCGACGAUGGCUAGCGACGACCGCGCGUCGCCGCGGACGCCGGGGAGCGAUUGCUGGUGCGCGCGCGACCUCUUCUCUCUCGUGAGCCGGCGACGCCAAGCGGCAGGCGGCAAGGCUUCAGAAAUACUUGCAAUCGAUCCAACAAAAUGGGACAAACUCACUCCAAAGCAGCGAGCCUUGCAGGAUAUUGCUCUCAUGACAGAAGCUGUGAACAAGUACGAAGGCGAACUGCUGAAGUGGCAGGGUUCGGCUAGUCAACGUUACGAAGCCUGCAACAACGUAGAAGGAAAAACACAAGAGCUGCAGCGGCUUCAGGCGACGUGUCAGGACAUGCUUGCGGAGGCUGCGCAGAUGAAGGGUCUGCUCACCAAUCGCAGACGCACGAUCAGCACGCGCGAGGAGGCAGACGAGUGUCUGGACGUGCAUUCACUGUCCAGUCUCAACGUUGUGCUGCAGAUGGUGAAGCUGCUGCGUGAACAGGCCGCACUCUGCAACAACUCUCUGGAGAAUGAGAUGCACACGGCCAUCAGUAACGCGGCCAACAGCAGUCACUCGUCGUGCGAGUCGAACAGUAGCCUCGCCGACCAGAGCCAGGACCCUGCCAGCUGCAUGAAGCAGCUCAGAGACCAGCUGUCGGAUGCUUCACUGGAUUUAUCUCGAACUGAUAACGUCGAGGAUUCAACAAAUGAACUGGACUCUCCCCAGGGAAAAGGUGUCAAGGUCACCAAUAUCUGGAAACGAAUAAAGAUGCACUUUCCGUCGAUAUUCCACCGGAAGAGGCGACAGCAGCACACGACAUCCUAAUGAAGUUUAGGUUGGAUCCGCUCACUAUUGUAUGUGUAAACGGGAGCAAACAUAAUCCAAUGACCGCCGUAUCCAGUGCAAAGCCGCAGGACGCCUGCAGCAAGCAAGACGCA